GUGCCUAUAAGGGCUAUGAGUGUCUAUAGAGGGCACACGGGUAUCUAUAGGGCCGAUGAGUGUCUAUCCAUAGGGGCCAUAAGUGUCUAUGGCGGCCGCGCCAGGUCUGUGGGACCGAAUGCCCCUGCGCUCCCGGGUCCGCUUCCGCCCGGAGUGGCGUCACCCCGGCGCCGCUUCCGGCGCCGCUUCCGCCCGGAGCGGCGCCACUUCCGGGCGGGGCCUAGCGCCGGUGUCGCUGUCAGUGUCGCGAUGCGGCUGCCGGUGCCGCUGCGGCUGCAGCUCCGGCCCGGGGCGGCGGCGGCCGGGCCCGGGUACCGGCAGGGCCAGAGCCCGGGACCGCGGAUCCGCGAGUAUUUUUACUACAUCGAUCACCAGGGGCAGCUUUUCCUGGACGACACCAAAGUCAAGAACUUCAUCACCUGCUUCAAAGACGUCCGGUUCCUCGCCUUCUUCUUCAAGCAACUGCAGCCCAACCGCAGCGGCCGCUACGAAACCCAAUUCCCCUUCGUGUCGCUGUGCGGGCGCGAGCGCAACUUCUUGCGCUGCGACGACCGGCCCGUGGUCUUCACCGAAAUCCUCCCCGGUACCGGCACCGACACCGGCACCGAGCGGCUCCUCUCCUAUUGCGGUGCCGGCGACCGCUUGACCAUCCCUUUCCAGCCCCAAAAUUUGGUGGUUUCACCCCGAAACGGGCGGUUGUACCACCCGGCGCCGACACGGGUGGGUGGCGUGGGGUUGGUGCGCUCGACGUUGGCGUUGGAGUGGGAUCCGUGUUUCGAGUACGAACUGGGGCCGGCGCAGCCCCCCACCCAUUUUAACUGGGAAGGGCGGCGCUACCGGCUCACCGGGGAGUUGUUGCCAUUGCUCCACGGUGGGGAAUCGGCCGAUGUCACCGUCACGCCGUGUCAGGGUUGAGCGGGGGACGCCCAACGCGCCUCGUCACCCCCGCGCACGGCGACUCGCGUUAAUCUGUGAAAAAUAACAAAAUCUGUGAAAAACAACCAAAAAAAAAUAGGUUUAACAAGUCCAAUUCCAUGCCGAGCGCUCA